GGCAAUGGGAUCAGCGGUGAGUCUCAUCUUUUUUUUUUUUUUUAAAAAAAAAAAUCAUAUGAGAAAAAACUCAACAUCUUCCUCUCUUGAAUAGAUACUUCCGUUACAGCAGAUGAGUUGAUUCCUUUGCUUGCUUCCGUUAUUGUACAAAGUAAUGUACCGAGACUCGCCAGUUUGAUUUAUUACAUGCAGUAUUACAGAUUAGCUCGAAUGGUAGAAGGAUCUGUUUAUAGUUUUGUCGUGACCACCAUGAAAUCAGCUUGUGAAUUCUUAAAAGACGAUCCACUUUCACUUAACGAUGCGAGUUCUGUCAGUUCAAGUAUUUCUGCCGGCUCUUUAUCCACCAUCAACCUAUCACCCGAAAGAUCCAGAUCGGUUUCUUUUAGUUCUGCCGCCAGUAAAUUCGGUAAACCCAAUAGCGCACCGCCGCAGCAUCAUGUGAAUACUGCUCGCUUUUCACUCAAUCAUCGUAAAUCACAAAGUGCAGAUCUUUACGGUCUGACAGACCUCAACUCACCUCUGGAACAAGAAGUGCUAGAUGUGGAUAUCGAAGGAGAAAGUACAUAUAGCCAUGGUGUAAGUAGAAGAAACUCAGCCAUUGUUCGACCGCUGAUUGUAUUACCCAAUCGACAUGAAGAAAAUCGAAGGAGCCUAGAUAUCCCCAAUGAUUGGCUGUUACCGGAUCAUACGACCAUCAGUAGUAGUAGUAGUAGCAGUAGUAGUAGUCAUACUAACCGAUACAAAAAUAGCAAAACACCAUCCCGUAACCUUGGUUUAUCCAAACCCAUGGUAACCACCACAUUCCCGUCCAUAUCCAAUUCAACCCCUUUACCUGUCGACGUUUUACCUCACCCUAUUGAUUCACCUAUCCCAUCUUCUGCAUUAACAAAUUCAGUGAUUGAUAUACCCAAACUAGGUCGAUCCCUUAGUACAUCUACUGUCAAGAAGAAACUCUCUCAACCACCCAAAGUCAUUAAUAUCCGUGAUCGUAUUUCCUUUGACGGUGUGCGACGACCUGCAUCCAUCUGUAUUGAUACACGUUCACUUCAUAGUAUUGAGGAUGGUGGUGAGGAAUCAGAGGAAUUGAUGGGUGACUUCUUACGGGGUCUAAGUAAAUUAGAUGGGAAUGUUGUGGGAGAAAGAACAGGUUCCAUAAAAACUUUUAGGCGUCUUUAAAAAAAAAAAAAAUUACCACCCCCUUUCCCUCUCCCCCUUUUAUUAAAUUUUUUUUUUUUUUUAUAUAUGUAUAUUUCUUUAUAAGCUUUGAAUUUGACUCAGUUUGGCCUUGGCUUCCUCUUCGGAAACAGGAAGAUAAUAAAGAUGAGGA